CGUCCGAACUUGUCGCCGCGUGGGACGGGUCUUGUUUGCCGGCGCGCGGCACGUGCGUGCGCGGCGAAUCGCGCGUCGCGAAGCCCUGGAAGGGCCGCCGGCACGCAAGAGCAGCGGUCGUGUUGUCUUCGCCGCCGCCACAGUUACCACGGUCACACGUCACACUGCGAAGAAGACGAGGAGGAGGAGAGGGACGCAUCUCACGGUUAGACCUGGCGACUGCCUCGCCCCAGAGGAAGGGGGAGAAAACUUCGUCGACGCGACGUCCCGAUCUGUACGCAUGUGGAUGUGCAGAACGUCGUUGAGGUGCGCGCCCGACCGCCGCCGAGUACGUUGUCCUCUGCUCUGGAGACAAGCAAGCACCGGCUUGGCGUUUCUAUUUGUGAUUGAGCAGAGCACGGCUUUCUUUUGUUUCUCUCUGAACCCGUCAUUCUCUCAGUGUUUGACGGGACGCAGGUCGGCAGUUUGUUUAUGCCAGCUCGACGCUCGAAUUACGGGGCUCGUUAGCGAAGGGUCUUGUUCCUUGAGAGAGAGAAACUUGCAACUUUCAAGGCGACGCAAAAGUGCCAUCGCGGUGUGUCGCGUCUGACGCAGUUGGACGGCCGAGUAACUCGCCGUGGUGCGCGCUGCUAACCACCGGAGAUUGGCGUACCGACGAAGAACCGAGGCUCGCGGUGUUGUUUUCUCACUUGAUAAAAGCGCCGGUUGAUCGGGCUCGUGGAGGGCCACUUCAGAGUGCUCUUUCCGGGAGCGUCCCACGCUGCCUCGCGCGGAUAGCUUAUCGGUAAAGCCUCCCUUUACUAUGCGUCACAACGUGGGCGGCUAAUCCAAACCUUCCGCUGUCUCUAAACCCUCCGUCGUGGCUGAAAGAGCUGCUUCCUAUAACCGUUUGCUAUUCACUGGGCCCCAUGUGAUCCCGAAGGGCGGGUGAGUGAUAUGCGCUGAGCCAGGAGUUUCGUUUUCAUUGUUACAUUACACUAGCAUUGAGGCUACGCUAGCUAGUAUUAAGGCUGUUCGUCUCUUCUUUCGACGCGAUAAGGGCAGGAUUGAUGUCCGCGGCUUGGCUAGCGAUCGCAGGACCUUUCGUGAUCCAGGCCGUUAAACAUUUAGACAAAGAAGGAGCGCUACGGGACUGAUUACCGUGGCUUGUUUCGGGCUUGACAGCGUUAGAGCUUCGGACACCGCAAGCAUCGACAUUCGGUUGCCAUGCUGGUGACGUCUCCGGAUAAACCGGGCCGUCUGGCGGGACUGUCGGCACUUCUCGUGCGUCGCCUGAGCCGGUGCCUGCCAACGUCGGGAAGGCUUCCGUGCGACCGAUGCGGCUACGAUGGUUCGCCGAAUAGCGGCCCUGGGUGCGACUACUGCAGGCCGAGGAAGAAAGUCCAGUUCAUCGUGGGCAACUGGGACGGCCUGGACCGGUCGUCACCGACGCCGCCGCCAGAGAGCCCCGACGGCACCUCGGCCUGCCCGGAGACGAGCCCGCUGAUGGAGGCCUCGGGGCCCAAGCCGGUCACCAUCCAGCGCAGCGCCUCCUUCAAUUUCCCCUCCACCAGCCAGCGGAACAGCGCCAAUGUGGCCGCAGGCGGCGCCGAGGUGUGCCCGCCUCCGCCGGGCAAGUCGAGCGACGACUCCGGCCUGGGCACCGGCAACAGCCCCCGGGGCAAGAAGCCCGCGCUCACCAUCGACAUCCAGCGCAUCCCGCCGUCGCGCGCCAGCUCGUACGGCGGCUCGCUGUGCAGCCUGCCCACCAGCAGCAACGGCAGGAUGUUCAGCGCGCGCCGGACGCACGGGGACCUAGACUCUCUGGUCAUUAUGCUGAGUGCUCUCUACGCCAAGCUGCUCGUAAUCAUGGGAAUCUGCUUUCCCCUGGCUGAAGUGAUCUCAAAGAAAAUACCCGUCUCGUUUUACGAGGGCUUCUACCUCUACCUGUACUUCGGCAGCAUCGCAUUCCUGCUGUACGUGUACGUGUUCCUGCUGCGCCACGACAAGGUCAACUCCAAGCUGGACCACCUGACCGACAGCUUCAGCGACAAGGUGCGCCGCCUGCUGGGCAUGCGCAGCUCGCGCGGCGCCAACAUGGAGAUCCCGCCGACGCCCAAGAAGCGCGUGCACGACGCCACCACGCACGCCGGCAGCUUCUACCUCAGGCUGGGUGCAGUCGCUUUUGGAACCGGGAGCAUGAUCUAUUCGGGGCUCGAGUUCGGCCAGUUCUUCGAGAUGGAGUCCGAUUCCAAGUGCUACAACAUUCUUUUUAGCCUGACGCCGGCCACGCGCAUGGCAUUCACAUUCUUUCAGCUCUAUUUCAUCUUCAUCAACUCGAGGGUUGCCAUUAACAAGUUCACAACGUUCGCGAGGUUCGGCCUGAUGCACAUGAUAUCCGCCAACAUCUGCGUGUGGCUUCACGUCCUAAUUCAAGAAACAAAGCACCAGCUCCUGGAAUUCAUCCAGAGGAACGAGACCAAUCUCUUAGCCAUGGCCAUGAAUCCUAUACCCAACAUCGCGUCCGAAGAGGAGGAGGAGCACCUGAACCCAGUGCACUACGAGACGCAUUCCAAGGACCACCACCGCAUCGAGAGGUCGACCGGCGAGCACGGGUUGCACCACGAUACGCACAACUGCCGCCGCGCCAACAUCAUGGGCGAGCUGGUGCAGAACGCGAGCCCGUUCCUGUUUCCCUGCACCAUCGAGUACAGCCUCAUCAGCGCCGGCAUCCUGUACAUCAUGUGGAAGAACGUGGGCUCGACGCAGCCCGUGCCCAACACUCCGGACAGCUCCAUACACGUGCACACACCACGCCAGCGGCACUACUACCAGGUGGACUGCGCCAAGGCCAACAAGGGCCUCUUCACGGGAAUCCUGGUGCUUGUGCUGUCCAUCAUCAGUCUCAUCCUGUUCUUCGUGCUGAUCAACAAGCCGCAGUACCGGAACCUGGCCGUCAUGGAGGCCCACAUCGCCGAGCUGGCCGUCUACUUCCUCGCCUCCCUGGCCACGACCACGGCGCUGUUCCAGGUGCGCGAGCUGCGUUACAACCGCCUGCGAAACACGGACCUGGACAGCAUCCUCCUCAUCGUGGCCCAGAGCGGGCUGUACUUGUACACCAUGUUCAGCAUCAUAGGCAGCCACUUCACGCUCGACCAGAACACCAUGCUGGCGCUGCUGACGGCGCUCGCCUGCCUCAUCCAGGGUUCCCUGCAGACCAUCUUCAUUCUGGACGCGUCGCGCCGCUACGUCAGCAGCAGCGACCAGGCCAAUCGCAAGCCUGGCCGCGAGAUGGUCACGUUCCUCAUAGUGUGCAACUUCUCCAUGUGGGCCAUCAACACCUUGGAGACUCGCCGCGCCGACUCGAACCCCGUUCAGAUGACCUUCUACGGUUUCUGGGCCUGGACCAUCAUCACCCACGUGACGGCGCCGCUGACCAUCUUCUUCAGGUUCCACAGCACGGUGUGCCUGUGCGACAUUUGGAAGAGGGCGUACAAGGUCAAGUCCGACUACCUCUGAAGCGGUCGCCGACGGAACUGUGCGAACAGCGUCCACCGCGUUCUGACCGUUCUUACGUUGCUUUUCGCCGCACGUUAGCGCGAGUUAUGAAUGGUCACACCUCUUGACGAAACGUUGAUGUGUAGAUGUGUGAGCUCGGUAUGGUGAUCUACGCGCGGGCGCCGUGCGCGCUUUUUAUCUCUUGUCACUUUUUUGUGUGUGUAUGUUUUGUUGCGCCAGCACUUCUCUUGAAUGAAAGUCACAAACCUUUGGUGGUUCUCGCGUGCCUGGGAUAUAAUUCCUACAUUUGUGGAAACGGGACCAAAAAUGAAGGUAAUGGGGAAGGAAAGAGAAAGACCACAUUUUCUCGGCCAUCGCGACAAGUCACGAUCAAACUUUAGACACGUUAAAAGAGAACUAGAUCGUUGUGACAGAUAUGGCGAUUCGGACAUUGAACGGCACUGAAUAUUCUUGGCGCUACUCUGGAUGCUAUAAUAUCAUGUUAUAUUGCCAAACUCGCCAUCUUGUCAGCUCUGAUUGGCCCACGGGGCUAAUUUGGCUUCGCUGAUUGGCUCAAAAUACCAACAUGGCUGUUGCGACUUCUGUACAGCACUCGCAGUCGAUGCCGUCAGAGCGUGUGCGCGCCGAGUGCUUGCGUAUUGUAGGCAAAGCCGUUGCUGGCGCUGUGGCAACACUGCGUCUAAACACCUAUAAAGUGCAUGCGUAGUUCACCGCGCCUCUCCGCCCUUGAACACUGUGCUGUUCAAAAGUACGCGAAAUGUCGCCGUGGGCUUCAAUCGAAACCGUGAUUAUGUGUGAUGCAUCAUCGCAGCUUUGUUUACGUGCCUGCAAUGUUGAAAUGCUCAGGACGCAAAGCUAGCUGAGAGCCAGUUGGUGCGCCUAGUGGCGUCGUGUAGAGUACCUACACAUACAGGCGGCGCUAGUCUUUAACAGUAAAUGCAUUUCGAGUAAACAAGUGUCGAAGCACUCUUGAUCGAUGUUAGCGCGAGACCGCCUGUAAAUCCUCAUUGUCGUGGCUCAGUCACUGAACCUGUACCAAUAAUUCGUGCGCUGAAAAGCACGAUGAGCUUGAACUUCUGAUAGCGUGUAAUGCCUCGUAACUUUGUAGCUAAUGCAUGAUUGCACCCUGUCAGGCUCUUUAGCUUUAGUGACAUGUGCCAAUUUUGGGAUGACCGCUAUGCAAUUUCGCGCGGGUGACAUUGUUGUACACAUGUAUUGUACCUUUUCUGUUGUUUCUCACGUGUCCCGUUCCUGUUAUUGUGAGGGGUCUACGCCAGACUCGAUAUAGAGCUGUUACAUACAACGCUGCUAUACGUGCCGCCUCUGAUCAGCUUAAAGGGACACUAAAGAUAAAUAUUAUGUGAAUAUAUACUUAAAAUUUACGCUUCUGGAGCUGCAAAUACGUAUGUCCGUCCUAUCGUGAACGGGAUUUCAGCGUUCCACGAGUGACGUAAAAAUGAAAAGCAGGUGUCGCCGCUAUGUUACGAUUCCCGAACCAGUUAUUCGCGAUCUUCAGAAAUUUUCACAUCUGACCUAGACUAGCCAAGUGUUCAUUGAUAACACCAUGAUUACAUCGUGUUCGAAAACAAACAAGGCACUUAGCGUUACAUCUUUUGCGGACUUUUCUCGUGCGAAGAGAACUCAUAUGCUCUUGAAACACGUGAUGCCACAGUGGACAUCUACGGCGCCGCGGUCGUGGCGCGGAAUUCAAUAAGGCGAGAUUGGCCUGCGUCUUCUCUACCAAUAAUCAAUCUUUCUCUGCUGCAAAAAUACAGGGAGAGUUUUGAAGGAAUAAUCUGUACGAGAGCCAAAUUGACUUAGUAUUUAUCUUUAGUGUCUAUUUAAGCUCAGGGCUGUGCGCUGUCAUCUUCAUACUCACGUAUCGCGCUUGUAACCAUGUCUGUCGUCGUUCUUUGUACUCUUACAUUGUGUAAUCGUGAAAUACGCGUAUGUGCCGUUUAUGUCAAUAUAGCCAUGUGUGUGAACUUCCUUAUGAAAAAAUAGAGAUGCACGAAGCGUGCAUCGGUGUUAAUGUUGUGAAGUACAAAUUAAAGACGACGGUCACGCAAUCACGUGCGUGAAAAGAA